ACCAACCGCGCACGAACGCCCCAGCUCAGUCGUGUUUACCAGAGGAGUUCUAAUCCAACCGCGAGGCGUACUAACCGUAUACUAACUCAAGUAAGGGCAAAAAAACACGCUCCGUCGUCUUAGUGUGUGAGAGAGCGCGCGCGCGUCAUCGCCGGUUGAGGCGUUUUGCGCCUCAUCGCAAAAAAAAGUUCCACCGCGCCGCGAGAAUCUUGCGCAGCGCAAUAAUCUACGCCAGUGUCGCUAUUGCGCGAUUGCAAGCCGGACGGAUCCACGGUAAACAAUAGUGAAGAGUAAAGAAGGAAAAAGUGAGGUUAAGUGACACCGGGAUGGCGCCUCCGAUUGCGGCCACUGCCGUGGCUGCCGCCGUCGUGCCGGGUCUUGCCGGCCAGGCGUCGAUUGCGGUCGCCGGCGGAGGUUCCUUAUCGGUUACGCCGGCCAUCAUCGCCGGACCGUCUUCUCCGGCCAAUGGCACAGCUUCCGCCAAGCAGCACCACAUUAGCGAGGACACGCUGAAGCUGAUCGACUGCGUCCGGGCCCGGCCGGCCCUCUGGCACCGGAAGCAUCUCCGGCAGCGCGUCCAGGUUGCGCACCGCGGCUGGGAAGAGAUCCGCAAGGCGUUCAAGGCCACCGACGAGAAAUUCCUCAUGAUGAAGUGGAAAGGACUUCGGGACAACUUCCGGGUGGAGCUCAAAAAGGAAUUCUACUCCCCGCCGGAAGCUCGCUACGUGUCCAAGUGGGUUCACUACCGGAAGCUGGCCUUCCUUCGCGAGCAGGUCCUCCCAACACUGGACCAAAAAGGGGACGGCGAAUCCGCCCAAGAUGAGCUCCAUCAAAUCAUGCAGUUCGUGCAGAACCAAGAGGAACCUUCCCCGCAGGAGCACUCCCACGCCAACUCCGAGGUCAAACAGGAACGUGACGAAUCCAACGGCGAUUCCAACGGCCAACCCGCCUCGGAAACCGACUUCAACUUCAACCACUUCCAAGAACCGGACACCAUGCACCUGCCCGAGAUCACCAUCACCCCGAAACAUCCACUCGAUCACCAGCAGCAGCCGAUCAACCUCGAAAGUCGUAAGCGGCGUCGCUCUCAGAACGCCCCUUCUACGUCGUCCUCGACGGUGGCGGCUGCUGGAGGAGCCCCCGCCCAGGACGACGACUACCACUUCCUGAUGAGCAUUCACCCCUACCUGCGGCAGCUUCCCCUGCCGGUGAAGCUCAAGGUGCGGCUCCAAAUGCAGCAGGUGCUGUUCAACGAGCUGAUGAGGCAACCGAUCGCCGACGAGGAAGACUAAGAGUUAGUUCGUCCACGUUUGAUUCGAUGUGCCAUCCUUUGAUCUCUCUAUAAUACCCCUUUGCUGUAAGCUACACUAGAAGAAACUAGUCUUGGAUUGAAUGUUAAUGAGUUUGAGAAAUAAAAAUAGACUGUUGAAUUCGGAA